CGGCUAUCCGGUGCUUGGGGUCUUUCGCUUUCGCGAUGCCUCGGGAUCCGAGUCUCUCCACUGCACGUUCGUGUCGACCCGUUUCAAGCGACCUCCGUACAAAGAAAAUGACUCAUUCCGCGAAGCGGUGUUCCACUACGCAAACCAGAGUUGUGACAUGGGCCAGGAGAAGUCGUCUGGCAAGCAUGUUAUCCUCAUGCUUCCCGAGGACGAGAACCCGUGCCCUUUCGAGACCUCUUUCUCGCAAGCACUCUCUGCCCACGCUUACUCACUGGUCGUGGCUCGCAAUUUCGAUCUCAAGCCUCACUUGGCUUAUUUCACACCCGAAUCGGAUGUCUUGGUCCCACGCCAAGACAUUAUCCUUGCCGAAAUGCAGCUGAAGACAGUGGAAAAGUUCAAGCCCAAGAACAUGUCGGAGUGGUCGGCGGCGGCAGCCAAUGGGAGCGUGCUCAUGGGUCCCGCAGCCAAGUUGUACCUGGUGUACGUGAACAUGACACCCAGCUGGAUCGUCCUGUGCGUCUUGGCCUGCUCUACGGUGGCUGUGGGAGCGCUCUGGGCCGGGAGCACCAGGAAGCUGCUCUUCCUCACGCUGCACCGGCGCAUCAAGCCAAAGGAGGAGCAGCCGCUGAACGAAGACGCCGAUCUGGACGUAGUACCCGCGGCUCUCACCGUACCAUCGAACACCUCGCUGGGAUUGGCGACGACGAUUUCGGUGGCGACCUCCGAGCACAAGCGCAAGCAUCAGAAGCGCCAGCAGCAUCAACAGCAGCAGCAGUACGAUGUCGUGCGCAGCCGUUCGCGCCACGGCCAUCAGCCCAAACCUUUCGACGAUUUCCCUAGCUCCGACGAUGAGGCGCUGAACGAGGAAAGCUACUUCGGCGAGUGCCCGCUCGGCUGCAAUCUCGUCACACUGUUCGUGCUCGCGAUAGCCGUCAACCUGCUCGUGCUGUACUACUUCUUCAGCAAGAUAUGGCCCAUAAUGGUCGGCUGCAUUGCCAUCGGCUCAAUGAUGUCACUGGUCAUCAUAUUUGACUGCAUCGCUUUUCUUAUACCUUGCGCCAGCACGCGGAUGACCAACUUCAUGUUCCCGUGCUUCGUGCGGAGCAUGGAACUGCGGCACCAUAUUGUGAUAUGGCUCGCCGUGUGUAUUCCCAUCGUAUGGAUUGUAUUCCGCAAGUCCGAGCACGCCUGGAUUCUGCAGGACUUUCUGGGAUCUAGCUUCGCCAUCAACAUCCUGCGAUGCGUGCAUUUUCCAAAUUUCAAGGCAAGCAUAAACGGGCAUGCCAUAAUUACGUUGAUAUCCGUCCUCCUAUUCUUCGACGACAUAUUUAUGGUGUUCGUCACAUCCUUACUUACAAAAGAUGUGAGCGUGAUGGAAAGCGUCGCCAUGGGAGUGCAAGACUUGCCCGUGCUCAUGAGAGUUCCACACUUCUUUCCGGGAGAGUCGGCCGUGUGUCCUGGAAACGCCAUGUUUCUGGGAUACGGCGACAUUGCCGUGCCUGGACUCGCAGUUGCCUACUGUCGCUCGUAUGACGUCAUUGUCAAAAAAGGGAUGCCUUGGUACUUCCUGCUCGCAAUUGUGUGUAAGUUGUGCCUCGUGAUUGUGCAAACAUGA